GUGCGCAGUAGCAAAUGAUCAAAAGAGGAAAGGUGGAGAUAGAGAGCGGCAGAGCGGAGGAGCUUUCGUGCUUUUUUUUUUUUUCCCUCCCCUUCUUCUGUACAUUGAGGGCUUUGCAUAAGAGGCGGAUGGCGAUGGGAGACUCAAACUCGCAGCUGAUGCCGAGCUGUGCCACAGCCUCCAUGUCCACAGGUUGCGUGUGAAGCAGUUUUUUUUGGCAGAGCGGGACCAGACAGACGUAUUGAGAAAAAAAAAAAAAAAGCGAUAGGCGAGACGGAGGAGGAGACGCAGAAUAAGAACGAUGGCGACUUUCGGGAAACUCACCGACUACUUUAAUCGGCGUAAGUCUCGGGAGGAGCUGAGGGUCACCAGGAGCUCACGGCGGAGUGGAAGCUACUGCUGCACCGUGGCAGAGGCCAGGUCGCUUGAAAGGAAGUUGCAGAGACCAGUACUUGCCAAAUCUCGCACACUACCCAGCAUCCCCCAGUCCCCCCGGGUGUCCAGGCUCCAUCACUCUGAUCUCAUUGGCGGAAGUCCCUCCCGCAGGAAGACCCCAGCCCUUGCCGGCAGCAACCCGAAGGCCUGCACGCUGCCCCCUGCAGGGGAGCUGUGGCGCUUGGAGGAUGACAUGGAGGCCGAAGAGGAGCCCGAGCGAGGUGAAGCCCGGCCUCGCUCCCAGUCGCCCUUCUCCCACUUCCGGGCGCGCACCGCUUACCUCCGAAAGAGCAUCUCUGCCGACAACCACCUGGACAUGAGCUCGGACUUCAACGGGGGGACGGCAGCGGAGGAGGGCAAGCCUGUGCGCAGUAGCAAGGCGAAGCUGAAACGGAAGUUUAGUCUGGGCUCAGUGGAUCGCAAGGAGAAUCAACACAAGAGGUCUGAGUCUGGAAUCUCCAAGUUUACCCAUCGCCUGUCCCUCAAAGAACGUCCCGCCAAAGCUGAGAAGACCACAUCGGAACGAGUCCAUUCUUACCGGAGACGCUCCCUCAGUGUUGAUUGGGCUGAUUCCACCAAGAUGACGCAACCCAUGAGGGGGGACCAGGCCCACCAGCCGGCCCCGGCCCGCAAGGCAGCCAGCCUGUCCUCGCCAAGUGCGGCCCGCCGCCUGUACCGCAACUUGUCUGGAAAGUUCCGUGUGAGCACCAACCCCGCCGCCUUAGAGGACAGCGUGGUGUCAGGACGGGGAGGAGACAAGGAGAGGCUCCGCAAAACCACCAUCUUCCAGAGUAAUGAAGCGCUGUUUGAAGCGGUGGAGCACCAGGAGUUAGACUUGGUGCAGCUUCUUCUCUCCCAGUACAGCUUGGAGGAGCUGGACCUCAACACCCCCAACAGCGAAGGCCUCCUGCCCCUCGAUAUCGCCAUCAUGACCAACAAUGUGCCCAUGGCCAAAUUGUUGCUUCGUGCCGGUGCCAAAGAGAGCCCCCACUUCGUGAGUCUGGAGGGCAGAGCGGUCCACCUGGCCACCUUGGUGCAGGAGGCCGAGCAGCGAGUGGCCGAGCUUCAGACCCAAGUCGGCGGCGAGGGUCCCGGCGAGCGUGAGGGAUUGGACCGGGAGAGGCAGCUCACGGGCUGGGAAUGGCGUCUGCGGCUCUUCAGACGCAUGCAGACAGGCUUCGAGCACGCAAACCCUCCAGACGCUCCCAGUGCAGUGCGCUUGUCUGUCAGCAGCAGCACCAGUCUAAGGGUGGAUUUCCAGGAACCGCCGUGUGUCAGCUCGGCUGUGGUUACCAAAUACAAAGUGAGCUGGAGCUCAACGGCGUCCUUUAGCUGUGUGCUGGGGGAGGUGAUGGUUGAAGACACCAGUCUGCUGCAGCACAACAUCACUGGACUCACAUCUGGGACCCCCUACCACGUCCAGGUGUCCGCCUACAACAUGAAGGGCUGGGGGCCCGCAUUGGCCUCGACCCCAGCCUGCGCUGCUCCUUCCAGUUGGAGGGACACGGACGGCCGAGCUCCCCGCCAGAGAGGCCAGAAGGAGGUCCUUGACCAGCUGCUUACCCAAAUAAAAGAUGCCCAUCAGAGCUGCGUCUGCCACGAACAGUGCAAAGCGCCGACGCAAGGCAGAAAACACUCGGUGUCCAAAAGCCUGCGUCACCUCUUUCAACCCACCAGCAAAUUUGUGAAAAGCUUGAAAAGAGGUCUAUAUCUGGCGUCCAUAUUCUACAGAGAUGACAGUGUCUUGGUGACCCCUGAGGACCAGAUUCCCAUUGUGGAAGUUGAGGACUCCUACUCCAGUUCUCUGCUGCAGGACUUCCUCUGGUUUACAAAGGUGUCCUACUUGUGGGAGGAGAUUCCCUGGCUGCAGCAGUGUCUCAAUCCCACCCAGACGUCAUGUUCCUGCACUCUGCAGACGCGCAUCAAGAUGCUACAAUCAAUCGCUCACCUCCAGGGCAUGCUGGGAACGCAAGACUUGGGUCAGGUGUAUUUUGAGCCAAUCAAAGACAAGCACGGCAAUGCCUUGCUGGUGCUCUUGAAGGAUAUGAACGCGUCUCCAAACCUGGACGGCGUGCGCUGGAUGCAGCUUUGCAAACUGCAGCUACAACGCAAGUCCAUAUCCUCUCCGGAGGAACCCACCGCUCUGGACAUGCUCCUCAUCACGCUGCAUGAGAAGCUGGCUUAUCACAGACGAAGCAGGAAGCUCUUGUCCCCCGGCUUGUACCUGGGAUACUUGAAGCUGUGCACAUCGGUGGAGCAGAUCAGAGCGCUGGUGCCGCAGAAGCUCCCAAACAUCCUCUGUCACACCAAGAUACGAGACAACAACAACGUCUCCAGGGAGGAGUGGCAGUGGCUGCAGGGCCUCAGCGCCCUGGAGGAGCCCAUGGAGACGGACUCCAGCACGCAGAGCGGUCCUCAUCACCUGCUGCACGACCUGCGUGGGGCCAUCAAGGAUCUGAUGGCCCAUAUCAAUGUCCCCGGUAACCAGGCACAAGACUUCCGAAUCUACACCCAGGAAGUGUUGGAGUUUGGCGACAAAGUUUCCUUCCUCCUCCUCCUGCCUCCUUCCGACGAGGUGUGCACGGCCCCCGGUCAGAACAACCCCUACUCUCCCCGCUCCGGCUUCCUCACGCUGCCCCUGCAGAUCUUUGAACUGGUCCAUUUCAACGCCUAUUGCCCCAGUUUUAUCGGCCAGUACUGCCGUGUGUCCGCCCUGCUGGAGCUGGAGUCCCUCAUGUCCCAGCAGGCCUUGAGGGAGGCUUUCUCCGAAGAGGAGCUCUUGGCCGCCAAGAAGAAGCAACAGCAGCUCCAGGAGCACAUUCAGCAAAUGGAGGAGGUGUGGCGGGACGCGAGGUGGAUCAUGGAGGCCUUGCAGUACGCCCGCUACAAGCAGCCAACAGGAGGCAUCUCCAUCAGUGGUUUGAUUGACUUCUCCACAGAGGUGCUGCCUGAUAAGCCUCCUUCCACAUCCUCACAGCCGGACUUCCUGCCCUCCCCGCUGCCGUCACCAGAAGCUUGCCGCAAACACUCAGACUUUGCAGGGUUGUCGGAUGAGGAAGGUUCCUCCGAGGUCUUCCUCACCACCGAUAGCGACUACGACUCCAGCCGAGCCCAAAGCCCCCGCGAGCUGGAUCUCCUGCCCCCGUCGCCGCUCUCCACCUCGGCGCCCUUGGAGCCUCGCGGCUUCCUGCGCAGCGACGGCAGCGGAAGCGGUAGAGGCGGCCGAGGAGGCGGUGCACUGAGGGACUCCACGCCGGACGUCCUGCAGGCCUCAGAGCCACAGCGAGGGAGGGACCUCGGAAGGUGCGGCGGCGGCGGCGGCGGCAUCCGUUGCGGGGGCGAGCGGCGCCAACGGGGUCCGCCCGAGCUUUUUGACAGCGAUUUCAUUCUGCCAAGCAGACAGAUUGAGCUGUUACACAUCACCGAGAAGCGACAGGCCUUUUGUGUGCGCACCAGCAGCCUGGAGUUCCCCUCGGCUGUGUCCGCCAACCGCCAGUCGUACGCCCGCCACGACACUUCGCCCGCCAACUCACCCCAGCAACGCUGGCACAGGCCCUCGUCGGUCGACCGCUGCUGCUCGGCCGAAUGCGCCGCGGCACGGCGCCCGCCCGCACGUACGCUGUCUGAGGACAGCGGUACCCAGCAGCUCUCGUCACCAAUGACAGCCGCCCACAGGAAGGGGUCCCACGCCACCCUCAGAGUGUACCCCCAGUACCGCACGGGCCUCCCCAAGGAGACCAGUGUCAAGCUCUGCGUGACGCCGUGCACGUCGGCGGGGGAGAUGGUGCAGCUGGUGGUCCAGGAGAUGAACCUCGUGUCUCGGAGGAUGCUGGGUGGCGGCGAUCAGGAGCAAGGCGCCUUCUACGGCCCCGAACAGUUGAAGCACUUCGGCCUGGUGCUGGUGUUGGACGAGAGGGAAAAGUGGCUGCAGGACGACUUCUGUCCCCUGGAGUUGCAAAACCCCUGGCUGAGGGCCUGCCUUCGUUCCCACGUUACCAGCUGUGUGUCUCGUCUUCCCGCCUUCCCUCUGCUUCCCCUGGCUGCCUCUUGGAUCUCGACCUCCCGCCUGGACACGGACUUUUGACGCCUCGCUAUCGCCCCCGAAUUCCUGCCUGUGCUCACCAGAAUGCCUCGCCCCUAUUGGACUUCCGCGCCUCUCGUUCAACACUCCGGUAACACACAUACAAGUCGCACACAUACACACUUUUGGCUUAGUCACACUCCAUACCCUUGUUAUUAAUAUUAUUAUUUCUUAUUUAUAUAUUUAUUUUAUAUAAAUAGUGCUAAUAUGACGUCCCUCCUGUCUGUGCCGGCUCCUUCCUCCUGUACCCGUGACAAAUUGACCUGCAAUGUGAAGAUACAGUAGCUUCUCAGUGUGUUAAUGUUGCGUAAUACUAGCCGGGUGCAGGAUAAAAACGUCUUCACGCUAAGUAGACAAAAAGGGCAUUUGCAAUAUACAGGUAAA